AUGGUUUCCUAUUUAGAAGGGCAGCAACCGUCCAAAGUGGAUGUUAUUUUACUACAGCCUGCACUUACAAAUAACACUUCGGUUAGAGUUCAGCAAAUUAGUUCCAUUAAAACGUCCCGAUCCAAAACAGUGGAUCAAGUGAAUUAUAUUAAUGCUAAAACAGCAUAUGAUGAUGUUGAAUUGCUUGCAGAAAUUGGAUAUAAGCAGGAACUUAGUAGACAUUUUUCGACAAUUCAGGUUUUUGGUAUUGCAUUUUCCAUUAUGGGGCUAUUACCCUCUAUAGCCUCGAUAUUGACAAUUGCACUUCCCGGUGGUAUGGUUAGUUUUGUAUGGGGCUGGUUAAUUUUUGGAGUUUUUAUUUUAUCCAUUGGCGCCGCCAUGUCAGAACUUGCAUCAGCAAUUCCAACUUCCGGAGGGUUGUAUUACUAUACUUAUUACUAUGCACCUCCAAAGUUCAAGGCUAUUUUAAGCUUCUUGAUUGGGAAUUCCAAUUCUCUGGCGUUAGUUGCUGGGUUGUGUUCUGUAGAAUAUGGUUUGGCUCAGGAGGUCCUUUCGAUCGUUGCCAUUUGGAAGGAUGGGGACUUUGAGCUUUCGUCGUCAAAAACGUUUGCCGUUUACUGUGCUGCAAUACUGGCAACGGUUAUUUUAACAUCAAUGGCUACCGCUGCAGUAUCCGUAUUGCAGACAGUUUCGAUAGUGAUAAAUUUAUCUCUUGUGGCCUUUCUGAUUGUCUUGCCCAUAGGAGUUGCCAAUAAUGAUAGCAUGACCUUUAACGGUCCUGGAUUUAUUUUUGCGAACUUCCAAAACAAUUCUUCAUGGCCAGAUUGUAUUCAAUUCUUCUUAUGUGGGUCUCUACCAAUUGUGUGGGUUAUUGGUGCAUUCGACAGCACCAUUCACAUGUCUGAAGAAGCCAAGAAUGCUUCAAAAGCUGUUCCUGUAGAUAUACUAACAUCGAUUACCGUAUGUUGGCUACUUGGUUUCUGUAUUGUUGUGACUAUUGCGGCUUGUAUGGGACCAGACAUCAAUGGCCUUCUAGACACUGCUUUCGGACAACCGUUGGCACAACUAUUAUUUAACGUGUUAGGGAAGCAAUGGGCGAUUGCAUUCAUGUCGUUAAUUGCAGUUUGCCAGUAUGUUAUGGGCGCCUCUAUUUUAACUGCGAUUUCAAGACAGAUCUGGGCCUUUGCAAGGGACGAUGGGUUACCUUUCUCCUUUUGGAUUAAGAAGGUCAAUAAAUCGUUGUCUUCACCGAUUAGAGCAACAUGGGUCGGAGCGUUUGCUGCUAUAAUGAUUGGACUAUUGACAUUAGCAGGUCCAGUUGCAUCCUCAGCGUUAUUUUCGAUGUAUGUUGGCGCCAAUUAUCUUGCUUGGAUGAUGCCUAAUCUAUUAAGGAUGUUGUUCGGUAAAAAUAUCUUUAACCCAGGUGUGUUCUAUAUGGGGAAAUUCUGGUCUCCAAUUAUAAAUUGGGUUUCCAUUAUCUUUCAACUUCUUUGCAUCGUUCUAAUGAUGUUGCCCACGAAUCCGAUCAAUAUCACGGGCUCUUCAAUGAAUUACACAUUCCUAUUCACAGGAUUUGUUUGGUUUGGGUCGAUAAUAUAUUUUGUAUUAUACAAGCAUAAGACCUUUGAAGGACCAAAAUCAAACUUGACUGAUUCAGACCUUAACACUCCUGAUGGAAGCAUUGAACAUAUCAGUUCGCAAACUUUCGAGAAACAAUAA